UCGAAGUAUAGAAAUAAUGAAUCCUUAUCCACCAUGUGCGAACGGAUCAUGCACUGACCAUGCGUGCUGUACUCCAGGGUAUAAAUACAGGUGGCCUAACACCCUCGGUAUGGAUGGAGAAAAAGCCAAGAGAAUCAUUGAGAAAGACAAUCCGUUGGUGAUUGGUGUGAUUGUUCCUGAUGACAAUUAUGUAAUUGAGAAUUUUUGUUGCAAUCGAGUCUGGAUUUUCGUAAAUAAGCAAGGAAAAGUAAAACUUCCUGUGCCAAUGGUUGGCUAAAAGAUAUAGAAAGUGGAACUAUUUAUCAAUAAAAACUAAGACAA